UCAUGCGCCCUCAGGGCGGAAGUGAGUUGGUGAUGAGUUCCCACUAACUGGGUGUCUGUCCUCCCCCGUACCCCCUCCGGGCCAUGUCUGUCAGGGGGGCCCACGGGAGCGAGUUCCGGAGGCGCAGGAAACUGGGGGAUAUCCAGAAGGCUCUGAGCAAGGAACCCCCAGAUGUAGCCGCCCUGCGCCGUAUGGCAAUCAGUGAAGGGGGGCUCCUUACUGACCAGAUCCGGUGCCAGGUGUGGCCCAGGCUGCUGAAUGUAAGUGUGGAGGAAUUGCCCCCCGCUGCAGGGCCCGACCUGCGGCUGGGCAAUAAAGACUACCAACAGGUGCUAUUGGAUGUCCGACGCUCCCUCCGGCGCUUCCCCCCCGGGAUGCCCCUCAGUGAGCGAGAAGACUUGCAGGAGCAGCUGAUAGACAUUAUUCUGCAGGUUCUGGCCCAGAACCCCCAGUUGCACUACUAUCAGGGCUACCAUGAUAUUGUGGUCACCUUCCUGCUGGUGGUGGGGAGCCGACUGGCCACUGCUCUGGUGGAUAAACUGUCCACUCAUCACCUCAGAGAUUUUAUGGAUCCCACCAUGGAUAAUACCAAGCACAUCCUCAACUACCUGAUGCCAAUCAUAGAGCUGGUGAACCCCUCACUCCAUGACUUCAUGCAGCGGGCGGAGGUGGGCACCAUCUUUGCUCUGAGCUGGCUCAUCACCUGGUUUGGACACGUCCUGUCUGACUUCCGACACGUAGUGAGGCUGUACGACUUCUUCCUGGCAUGUCACCCACUCAUGCCCAUCUACUUUGCUGCUGUGAUUGUGUUGCACAGGGAGGAGGAGGUGCUAGAGUGUGAGUGUGACAUGGCGUCUGUGCAUCACCUCCUAUCCAAGAUUCCCCAGGACCUUCCCUAUGAGAUUCUCAUCAGCCGAGCGGGAGAUCUCUUUGUCCAGUUCCCCCCGUCUGAGCUGUCACGGGAAGCAGCUCUGCAACAUCAGGCUCAGAGGACUGCGGCCUCUACUUUCAAAGACUUUGAAUUGGCCUCUACCCAGCAGCACCCAGACACCGUGCUGCGCCGACGCUUGCGAGACUCCGCCCAUCGGGAUCCUGGCACAAAGGGUGUUCUUACCAAGCCUCGUACCAACCGCUUGAUGAAGCUGGCAGUCAUGGGCCUGACCGUAGCUUUAGGGGCAGCUGCCUUGGCUGUUGUGAAAAGUGCACUGGACUGGGCCCCCAAAUUUGAGCUGCAGAUCUUUCCCUAAGUGACUACACGGGGUGGGGGUACUGUGGGGAGAUGGCACCCAGCUAUGCGCCAAGGAGCUGCAGAACGACCCAGAGCCGGUUCCUGCUCAGCCGUGUUAUGAUUCGCUGUUUGUGGAGUGCACUGGUUAUUUGCCAUCCGCGUGUCUGUGGGAGUUGGCAGCCAAUGGUGACUGGGGGGCGGGACACGUUCUUACUUUGUAUAUACCUUUGUACAGAUAAAUGCCCAACACUGCUGCCCGUGUCUCCUCUCUUACUAAGGGCUGAGUGUGACUGUGAGCCCGCAUUGGUACGAGCGGCAUCAUGUGACUGGGGCCUAUACACUGGCAGCAACCCCCCACCCCCAGAAAUCUGUUGUAUGGUAGGUAUGCCACUGGCUGGCACCCUGCGGAGGUAUAUUAAUGCCACUGGCUUUAAUUUACUGCUUAAUUUACUCCAAUCAAAAUAAUCAUCUGCUUAUUAACUAAGGUGCUGUGUCUCCCAAUGGGGACUGGGUGCACCCCCUGCGCUAAGCACUAAUACCUGCCAUCUGCUGUUGGUGAUAUGAUAGUACUGUACCCCAGCACCAUUACAUUUAGCCCCCCAGAUAUUUCUGACAGCAGUACCAGUACCUACAAUUCACAAAA